AUGAGUUCUGAUAAAGCAAAAGCGUUUGAUGCUCAAUUUCCAACUUACAAAUCGGAAUUCCAAAUUCCAACAUUUGAGUCGCUAGGCAUACAGAAUUCGAAAUAUUCACCAGAGACUAACUCGAUAUACUUGUGUGGUAACUCUCUUGGAUUGAUGCCUCGCAACACCACUGAACUAAUCAAUCGUGAACUUCAAGCAUGGUCUAGCCGAGGAGUCGAGGCUCAUUUCAAUCAUAGUCACCCACAAGGAACGGAUUGGGUGGAUAUUGACCUACCACUCUUACCAUUGCUUGCUCCAUUGGUUGGCGCCAAGCAAAAUGAAGUCGCUGUCAUGGGAUCGCUCACCUCGAAUCUAAAUGCUUUAUUAAUUCACUUUUAUAAACCAAAGGGCAAGAGAACAAAGAUUUUGUUUGAAAAACAAGCAUUUCCCUCAGAUUAUUAUGCAUUCUUGAAUAUUGUGCAGGUUUUCGGAUACGACGCAAGUCAUUUAAUCCAAAUUGAAAUCCCAAAGGGUGAGACAUACAUAAAGACGGAGACUAUUUUGGACGUGUUUGACAAAUAUGAGGAUGAAAUUGCUAUAGUGUGUUUACCUGGUAUACAGUACUAUACUGGUCAAUUCUUUGAUAUUGCAAAAAUCACAAAGCACGUCAAAACGAGUGCACCUGAUGUGGUUGUAGGGUGGGAUCUUGCACAUGCUGUGGGAAAUGUACCACUAUCGUUGCAUGAUUGGGGAGUUGACUUUGCAGCGUGGUGUUCAUAUAAAUACUUGAAUGCCGGCCCCGGUGCUAUUGCUGGAAUAUUUGUUAAUGAAAAAUAUACGGAACAGAAUAAGCCAGAAAAUUACAAACCUAGGUUAGCUGGUUGGUGGGGCAAUAAUAGCUCGCAAAGGUUUCAGAUGUUGGAAAAGUUUGACCCCAUUGCGUCUGCAUUGAGUUAUCGCCAACUGAACCCAAGUGUUUUGGAUUGCGUGGCUCUAAAAUCAUCCUUGGAGAUAUUCAACAAGGUUGGUGGCAUGCUGUCAUUGAGAGACAAAAGUUUGGCAAUGACUCAAUUUUUACAAGACAUAUUGACCAAAAGCAAUUAUUACAUUGAACAAGGUGAGACUGAUGUAAACAAGUUUGGGUUCAAGAUAAUUACUCCUUUGGACCCAAAUCAGAGAGGAUGUCAAUUGAGUUUGUUAUUCCAACCGCAUAGAGACGAAAAGAAACAAAAUGUAAUGGAAAGAGUCUUUGAAUAUUUGCAUCAACAUGCAAUCAUUUGUGAUGAGAGAAGACCCGAUGUAAUUAGAUUGGCGCCAUUGCCAUUGUAUAAUACGUUUGAGGAGACUCGAAUAGGUGCUACUAGGCUUUUGGAAGCAUUGGAGGCUAUCAAGGAUGACUAUAUUUAA